AUGGCUGCAUCACGAUCAAAAGCCAAGCCCUUGAUGAACACAAUAUCCGAAGCCCACCGCAUGUCCUAUCGCAUCGGCCGCGGCGAACAAGGCGUCCUCACCUUCGAACCCUACAAAUCCGCCAUUCUCCCCCUCUGGCGCUUCCGCACAGUCCCCAUCGCGCGAAAAAGCGCCGAAGACCUAUGGUCCAAGUUCAAUGAGUUCAAAGACCAGCGUGAUUUUGUGGGGAUGGAUAUGACGCGUAAAUUCAUCCAGAUGGGUAUGACGCGUGCAAAGCGAUACGCGAACCAUGCUGGGGGACGGAAAUAUAAGAAAGGCACGAGGGAGGAAUUACCGAAGAGUGAUGAGCAUCCUGAUAAGGAUGAGAAGCUGAGGGCGAGCUUGAUCUUUAGAGGGUAUUGGGAGAGGUGUAAGGAGGAUGAGGAAUAUCAGAACUUGAAGGAGGAGUUUUUAACAAAGCAGAAGGACUGGAAGGAUUCUUGA